CUGGAGCCGACGGAGUUUCGCUGCGAUGGAACGAGAGGAACCCUCACCUGUAGACAUUUGACAUUAACCUGUGUUUCACCAGCCUCGAGAAAAGAAGGAAAAAACACACGCGCCACAUUUGAAGUGAAAGCUCCGCGCUUUAGAUAUUGCAUCGCUGGAAAUAACUUCAUUAUUCCAUUUAUUUUGCGGGCGACUGUUCGCCCCGUCCUCGGGUUUGACUGGACACUGCAGGCUGCAUGGAGGGAUGUCGGCAUGGCUUGCACCAGGAGAACAAAAACUUUGGUGUCCACAUGCGUGAUACUGAGCGGUAUGACCAACAUUGUGUGCCUGCUCUACGUCGGAUGGGUCACUAACUACAUCGCCAAUAUCUACAUCAAAGUUCCGAUGCCUGUUCCGGAGAGAAAGUUAGAGGGUGAAAAGAGAGGCGACACUCUCCGGAUCAUUGAGAGGCUUGAUCGGCUGGAGAAUGUGGUCAACCAGCACAUCCAAGAGACUCCAGGGAGAGGUGAGGGCGGUCAGGCGGACACAUCCUUCUCUGACUCGUCACUGUUUGCUCACUGGGGUCAGGAGCUCAGCCCGGACAAUCGGCGGGUGGCAUUGAAGAUGUUCCAGUACUAUGGAUAUAACGGCUACCUCAGUGAUCGUCUCUCUUUAGAUCGACCAAUACCAGACCUCAGGCCUGAUGGGUGCAGAAACCUCACUUAUCCUUCAAACCUCCCUCAAAUGAGCAUUGUGUUCAUUUUUGUGAAUGAAGCCUUUUCUGUCAUCUUGCGGUCCAUUCACUCUGCCAUCAACCGGACGCCCUCCCACCUUCUCAAAGACAUCGUCCUGGUGGACGACAACAGCAAUAACAGUGAGCUAAAAGAGAAGCUGCAGGAUUUUGUGUCAGAGACUAACAGACAGCAUCCAGGAUUCAUCAAGCUGGUGCGUCAUGCAAAGCAGGAGGGUCUGAUCCGGUCCAGAGUGAGCGGGUGGAGGGCUGCUACUGCCCCAGUUGUCGCCCUGUUUGAUGCCCACGUCGAAUUCAACGUUGGCUGGGCUGAACCCAUUCUGCAGAGAAUUCAAGAAGACAGAACCCGCAUAAUCUCCCCAUCGUUUGAUAACAUCAAGUACGACACGUUUGAGAUUGAAGAGUAUCCGCUGUCUGCCCAGGGAUUCGACUGGGAGCUGUGGUGUCGCUACCUCAAUCCACCCAAGUCCUGGUGGCACAAUGGCAACAAGACUGCACCGAUCCAGAGUCCGGCCCUGAUUGGUUGCUUCGUGGUGGAUAGGCUGUACUUUGAGGAGAUUGGUUUGCUGGAUGAGGGGAUGGAGGUGUACGGGGGAGAAAAUGUGGAGCUGGGCAUCAGGGUGUGGCAGUGUGGCGGCAGUGUCGAGGUACUGCCUUGUGCUCGCAUCGGCCACAUAGAGCGUGCCCAUAAACCCUACACGGAGGAUCUGACGUCUCACGUGCGACGAAACGCCCUCAGAGUUGCAGAAGUGUGGAUGGAUGAGUUUAAAAGCCACGUCUACAUGGCGUGGAAUAUUCCCAUGGAGGACCCGGGCAUUGAUAUUGGUGAUAUCUCUGAGAGGAAGGCUCUGAGGAAGAGGCUGCAGUGUAAAACGUUCCGAUGGUACCUGGUCAACAUCUACCCUGAGAUGAGGAUGUACAGUGACACCAUCGCAUAUGGAGUACUGAAAAACUCUGUGAAGAAUGAUCUGUGUCUGGACCAGGGGCCCGACAAUGACAAUGUCCCCAUCCUCUAUCUCUGUCACGGGAUGACACCUCAGAAUGUGUACUACACCAGUGCUCAGCAGCUCCACAUCGGGCUCCUCAGUCCAACGAUUGAUGACGACGACAACAAGUGCCUGGUGGACGUGAACAGCAGGCCGCGCCUCAUCGAGUGCGGCUAUGCCGCCUCUAAACGCAUGAAGCUCCACUGGCUCUUCACUCAGGGAGGAUCCAUUCAGAACAGGAAAUCAAAGAGAUGCCUAGAGCUCGUAGUGAGCAGCGACAAUGAGUUUGGCUACCAACUGGCUCUGCAGAAAUGCACUGGACAGAAAUGGUUCAUCUCAAACGUGCUGUUUAGCAGCUCCUUGUGAAUGACGCUGGACCGAAGAGAUGGAGUUCUUUCUUAUGUUUGCUCAUGUUUCUGAAAGGAUAAGAAGCAGGAGUCUGACAGAAAAGCGGUGCAUUGUUGAACACGAUCCUUUUGAGCACCACGAUGUCCUCGGAUGAGCCGAGUCGACGUCCCAUCGUGAAUGUUAAACAUUUUAUUUUGCCUACAAAAUCAGCCGUAGUUGGUGGAUAUUUUGCAGUUUUGACAAGGUAGUAUAUUAGGUAUAUUUUGUGGUAAAUGCAGUACAGUCAGAUUUUCGUUGACUUAAAAGAUGUAAUGGGUCCAAUAUGUUUUUGUACUUUGUCCAUAAUUGCUACUGUGUAGCAAGUUUUCUGAACCUGUCCCUGCUGUAAUUAUUUUUAUUUAGUGUCUCAGGUUUGUAGAUCUAUUACGCAAUUCAGCUGAUCAGUUGUUGGAAAAUGUUGGAAUAAAUCUGAAAUUAAUAGAUUAUUUUCUACGUGUAAAUAUUUUAAUCAUUUGUUAUGUAUGACUGUAAAAUAACUGAUGUAAACUACUGAGUGCAAGUGUUGUUUUCUGUUUAAAUCUUAUCAAAAUGUUUUGCCCUACCAUUGAAAUUAAAAGUAUUUGAAUAUGGUAUAAAUCACAAAUAGAUUUGUGUUUGUCAAACAUUUUGAAGGUGUCCCUGGGAGUUCAAUGCACUGCAACUUAAGAAAACAUGUGCAAGUACACAAAACUCAAGCAAAUGUAGAAAACCUCUCCACCAGUCUACAGAGUACCACGAAUGUGCUGCAAAAAACAACCAGAUGUAGAAAUGCUGCAAGUUGCAGAGAACUGAUUUAUCACAAGUUUCCAGGUGACACUCCAAACUGAAGAACAUACCAUAGCACGCGAGUCGUUGCUAUGAUUCGUGGAUGCUGUCGUACUCGUGAUUUUCACGCGUCAACCACGUGAGCAGCGUGUUCUGCAUGUUUCAUGAAAUGUGAAGGGCAUUUAACUGAGCACUAUGUACACCAUAGAUCAAUCAUUCAGAAUGUUAAAACUGAAAUACACUUGAAUUGUUAGAUAAUUUUCCAACAUGGUCGACAGGUGUUCAAUUUAAGUGUGUUUCUGCAUUGGUAUUAUUUUUUCCAUUUAGACCAGGCAACAAAAUGUCCUGAUAGCUUGUCAAGCUGAUAACAAUGUUUUCUUGUAUUUGUUUUUCUAUUUUAUUUGCAGUGUGUUGAACUCUCAGUGCCACCACUGCUGUGGCUGUUAAUAUGACCUUAACAGCUGCUUUCUGCUCUGACUGUUGGUGUGCACCUGGGGAGGAGACGGGUGGCACAGCCUGUUUUCAACGUGUCAGUCCUCAUUACCGUCCACAUUUAAGCAGAGCUCGGCAAACCAUGGCAUUAAAUAUACAUGGAAACCCACUUUCAUCAAAAGGACCUCCCUCACGAACACGUCGUAAUAUAUGCAAUAAGAGCGCCUCUGCAUGCUCAAACUUUCGAAUGAAAGCAAUUCAACUAAACAGUAUUCCCAUGCACACUACUUACAUCUGCUUGUAGUUGACCUCCCGUAUUGAUUGACUUGGGGAGCUUGUUUCAAACAUUACUUUCAGCUUUAAAAUGGCUGUAGAUAGGGAAUCUGUGUGUAUAUUUGCUUAAUAUUCCAUGAUCAUACAUAAAUGUAUCACCCUUGUUGAUUUAGCACAUCAUCUUGUGCCACAAGAUGACGUGAAAUAGGUUGGUUUUUUUUCAUCUUUUUUUUUAGGUUGGCACAAUGAUUAUAUUCCCUGUAAAUGUGCAGUACAAGAUAUACCCAACUGUGUCCCACACUGAUGGAGCUGUCUGUGAUGAGCAUGACUCACACGCAGCUUCUCUAAGAAGAGCUGGCCUGAUUUUGAUGAGGCCAGAGGUGAUUAUAUGUCUGUCUUACCUUUGAGAUCUAGCAUUCAAUGCCCUUGAUAUGAGAAUAUAAGACAGACUUUUAACAGAUACCUCUUCUGCCAUUCUGGAGCAACUGUCAUGAACAGUCUGAUCAUUAGAGCAAUUUGUCAAAAGAGACAGGUUUUAUUGGGAAGAGUGCGGUUUCACACAGAAAUAUCAGAUGUUGCCUUUUAAAUGAAAGAUGAUGUCAAAAAAACUAUUUGAAUCAAAAGGGAUACAUAAAAUAAAUUGUAUCUUAAGAGGAUGAAGCUAUUUCAUUUAUUUUUUACAACGAAAUUCCCCAACUCUCAUUCUCACUGUUAACUGGAAGCUCAGGAUGAGGCUUGUUUUUGUUUUUUUAUUAAAAAGUCCCUGUAUCUUAAGGAAAAACUAUUUAGGGACCUAGUUUUUCAAAAUAGAGAGCUCAACUUUUAUAGCGAGUUUUAUAGAACUUUUAAAUCAAACUCAAACAUUCUGAAAAUAUUCAACACAGCUGAUUCCUAAUUUGAGAAACCAAUUUCCCAGUUCCCAAUUUUCCAACUCAUUCGUAGUGCUUCAACUUCUUCUUCAUACUGAUUGAAGCCAGCAAUGCCGUGUUUAGUGUCCACUUUACAACAAACCUGGAAAUAUGACAUUAUUGGUAUUAUUCAAUUCAGUGCACUGUCAGCUUUUCAAAAUCCAGCAUUUACACACUCAAUGUGUCUAUACAUUGCAUGUUCCUAUUCUAUUAGCUUUGCUACACUUUGGGACGUAAUAUUUGGGUAUACACUCUGUAUGUAGCUCAGGUGAAGCUUUAGAUUACUGCAUGCAAAUACUUACUGAGCACCUACCAUGAAAAAUAUGUAAAUAUAAGGGAUCAUCAUACAUCUGAAGUCGCUGCCCUGGCUCAGUAGCAGGCGAAUGUUGAUACUGUUGGGCAGAGCAGGGUUGUUCUUGCAACUAGUCAUCGGUGAUCACUUCAAAUUGACCUUACAUGUAUGAAAGUUGUAUUGCUCUUUUCAUCUAAAUCUAUAAAUAAUAAAGCAAAUGAUCAUAUUAACUAAUAUGUAUAUACAUCCCAUUCACUAUCUAUCUCUCUCGCUCAUCUUUUUGUCUCUUGUGGAAGAGGCUCUGAGAGGCAACCUAUCAUGUCUUGUCAUUAUUUUCAGCGCUCGACAACGAGUCAUAAAACUUUGACGACUAUAUUCCUGGCAGAAGUCAUGGUGUGUUCAGGGGAAUCAGUUUUUAAUAUCUCAUGGCAAAAGGAAGCAGCUUGCCAAAAGUGAGAAUAACACCCCUUGGGAUCCAGAGAGGAGGUUUUCUCUGUGCUCGCUCCUGCAGGUGAGCCACAGGUGGCUGGAGGGAAGCUGUCAGUGACUGCAGGGCCUUUGGGGACAACACACAGGAAAAUAAACUGGGAGGAGUCCAAACAGCUAUACUUCUCAUUUGAAAAUGAACAUAAACCCUGACAAAUAUGAAAGUAAUCUUCAUUUACAAUAAACAGGAAGACAACAGUGUUCGUGGGAGGACGCUUUAAGCCGAAAAAACUGAUUUACCAUAACAAUGCAUGUGGGCGAGUAUUAUGUGUUUACCGUGCAGCCAAAAUGCUUCACAUGUGGAUAAAUGUGACUGUUAAUUGUUUUUUGUGAAAGCGAAUCUGACUUCUAACUGCAUUGCCAUGACUACAAGUCCUAAACUGUAUAUUAUCUGAUACCCCUAGGCGACGGACCAUCGGUGAGCGCAUUAGCUGACUGGAUGUAAUUGUCCGCAGAUGCAGAUGUAACUUUAAUAUUGUCUUCUUUUUAUUUCACGCUUGAAUGCUUUGACCUAUGCAAAUGGACAGGCUGACACAUCUAUUUGUUUUUGUGCAUAUCUGUCUGUGCUCUAUGUGAUGUAUGUGAUGGUGGAUAAGAGAUAUACUGGAAAUUAAUCUCAUGGGAAGGCCUUAAGAAAUAAUCAAAAGACUGAAAAUAAAGGGUAAAUCAUCUCUAAUCACACAGGUAAUGGUGCAGUACAUAAGAUCACACUGAAAUAACGUUUUCUUAUUGUGUGACCAUACUGUCUGCUUAAAGUUCCCAAAUUAAUAAAUAGGAUGAAUAAUUAACAAAUGAGGUUCAAUUUCCACUUUUAAGCUGCAUUAAUUACCAUACAAUUUGGGGGCAGAACAAGUUGUAUUUCAUUUAAUGUUUCUAAUUUUGUAAGAUAUUUUAAUAGUAUAUAGUUGGAGGCUUCAAAUAUGCCCAGUUGGCAUUUUGCCUCUUCCUGUACUCUUCAUUUAUCUCUAUUAGGUUUGUUUAUUUUUUAAAUUGUACUGCUUAAAUUGUGCAAAUAAAUAAACUAAAUCCAAAUCA